AUGGCGGAUGUUGAGUUUUCUGAUCUCAGUGGAGAGGUCCUCUCAGUUGCGUCUGCUUUUACUUCGGCGACCAGGAGGACGAACAGCGGCGGCCCCUCGCGCGACUGCGUUUGCCACCUGUGCGAAGAGACGCUGCCCCUCGACAAAGUUGCGUGGGGAGUUGAUUUCUGCCAACCGUGCUUUGCACGGGUCAGGGCGAACCAUCGCCGCCUCACGGCCCUUGUCAACGGUAAGUCGGAACUCGCGGAUGACAAGCACACCAUGAUCAACGAGCCCGACGUUUGGAGGAACCAGCCAUUUUUCGCUUCGGACGGGCAGAGGGCGCAGCAGAAGGCGCUGGCCCGCGUGGCGGCGAACUUCAACGAGCAGGUGAAGAUCGAGCAAGACUUGAACUUGUCUGACAAGGAGUCCGACAACGACCUCGAGUCCGCCGAGCUUUCGGACGACUUCGACGAGCUGCACGGGAAGCAGGAGAUUGAGAAUGUCCACGACAUGACAGACAGCAGCGGGCGCAAGUUGGUCUGGGUACACGAGGCGCCUCGCUUUCGGAGCGUGAGGGGCAAGCAGAAGCUAGAGGGCACCAGGCGCGGUGGUGACUUUGGCGGCGGCGGUCCGAGUGCCUCUGGUGGCGGGCAUGCCGCCAGGCUCUCUCGCGGGAGCAGCCGCGAUGGAGACGCUGAUGAUCAGCUUUCCAAGCGGGCUCGGACUGGCAAGACUGGCGGCGGCUCUGCAGGUUCGCAUGCGCAGAGCCCCGAGGAGAAGUCUGACGGCGUCAGGUUCCUCGAGCAACGCCAGGCCAUCAUGCAGACCUUGAAGGACUUGUCUGCCCAGCUUCAGGGGCCAAAGGCUGGAGAUGCUCAAUCGCGCCUGCCCUCUCAGAGACCUCAUACUCGCCCUCCCACACCUCUCACCUCCACGCUCGUCUUCUCCAGAUCCAGCUCCCCCAACCUUCUCUACAUCUUCCCCUUCCUCGCGAUUGAACUUUUCCAUAAGGGAUUGCAGAAGGGCGUGAAGACCAUGCAGGAGGACAUCAAGUCUAGGGGUAUCGACUCCGAGCUAUUGCCUUUCUCGCCCUCGAGUGUAUUGGAGGAUAUCAGCACCGCCAUUGCCGACCUCGGCAAGAGCAGCGACAUGGCCCAGAAGGUGAAGGCGCACGAGAUCACCAUCCUGAACGAUAAUAUCAAGUUGAUCCAGACCAAAGUGGCGGAUGCCAAGAAGAAGAAAGAAGAUCUCGGUGAGGCCGUGGACUUCUGCGUCAAGGAGGUCCGCGCGAAGGAGCGGGCGCAGGGACAGAAGGUGUAUUGGGCCACGUACACCAUCGAGAAGGCGCUGAUCAAGGGGGGCUUCGGCAAGAUGCACGCCAAGAAAUUCAGCAAGGUGAUCCACGCCCUCGAGGAAGAUGGCGACAUCGUGCACCAGUACCCUGGUCCAGGCAGUGAUGCCGAGAAGCGCCAAAGCUUCAUGGUGCUUGAGAUUGGGGAGCCGAAGCAGGAGCUCGAUCUGGAUGUAUUCGGGUACUGGCCUGACGGGCACGAGGCGACCAAAGAGCUCGCCGACAGCUUCUUGCAGUCCCAGGUCGUGAAGGACAAGAUCGCCAACAUGCGUGAUGCUUUGACCAAGAAUCCGUCUUGGGCAGGGGCGCUCACCAACGUCGAGGGGGUACCGUUUGAGGAGGGACUCCAGGAUCUCUUGGGUAAGCUCCCUACUGGACCUGGGUGUGAGCCUUGGCUGCUCUCAGGUCGGGCCCACUGCUGCCGCCAUGGGCCAUUGGCCUUCGCGCUGCCUGGCGUCGCCUCGCUGUUGUUCGCGUUUGACAAGGGUGUGCACAUUCAGAUCAGCGCCAUCAGCCCGAUCCUCGAGAAGGGAUUCACGCUGAAGGAGUACCCGAAGUACUUGGAGUCCAGCGAUGGUCAGAGCUACUUGGACAGCUCCGUGUGGACUGUGUACUUGGCGCCGCAGAGCUUCCUCUACCUCCCCAUGGGUUUCCUGGUUCACUGGGCGUACCACUCCAGCAACGCUGGCAAGGAGUCGGAGGGCGAGGUGCCAACUCCCAAGGCAAAGGGGAAGGCGGCGAAGAAGGCCGCAGCCAAGAAGGUCGCCAAAGAAGAGACGCCCGCCGACGCAGCGUUCUUGCUCACCGUGCCCGCCUUCACGUCGACGACCAAGAUGGAGCCUGGGGUGAAAUCCGCUGUGCUGGGUUUCAACGCUGAGGUGAUCCGCAGCAAGGGCAAGGAUCCGAAGUGGGAGACCAGGGGGAUCGCCUUGGAAUCGUGCUUCAAGGAGUGA